AUGGAUAAGUCAUGGAUUAGAGAAGAUAGGGAUUCAUUACAAUAUGAAAUUGGUGUCGAAAAUUUUCUUAUUUUUGCUGAAGGAAAUGCUAAGAACCCUAAGAAAAUACCAUGCCCUUGUGGACGCUGUGUCAAUUUCAAAAAAUUACCAGUCAAAACAAUUAGAGGUCACUUGUAUGAACAUGGAUUUAGCUUAGGGUAUGUUGAGUGGAUUUGGCAUGGGGAAGAAUCUUCUAAGGGUAGCAAGUCAUCUGUUGGCACGAGUCCUCCUUUGAAGCAGACUAAUACAUCGGAAACAAAUGAAAUAUAUGAAACAGCCUACAAUGAUGGGGAUUAUGAUAAUGAGUCAUUCGAGUUCAAGAGGUUUGUGGCAGAUGCUGAACAACCUCUGUUUGAGGGAAGUGAUUUUACUAAGUUAGAGUCGAUGUUAAAGUUGCAUAACUGGAAAGCAAGAUUUGGUAUCAGCGAUAGCGCCUUCACUGACUUGCUUGGUUCUGUUGGUUCUAUCCUACCUAAAGACCAUGUGUUGCCUAGUAAUUCCUAUGAAGCCAAAAAAACCUUGUCAAAUUUAGGACUUGAAUACAAGAAAUUCCAUGCUUGUCCGAAUGAUUGUGUAUUGUACAGGGGUGCAUAUAGUGAGGCAACUGAGUGUCCCAAUUGCAAUUUAUCUCGCUGGAAAAUUGCAAAAGAUGGCAGAGUCAGGGUCAAUAUACCAGCGAAGGUUAUGUGGUAUUUUCCUAUAAUUCCUAGGUUUAAACGCUUGUUUAAGUCAGAGUCAACUGCCAAACUAAUGACUUGGCAUGAGAGCAAUCGAAUCGAAGAUGGCCUCAUGCGCCAUCCAGCAGAUUCUCCAUCUUGGAGAAAUAUAGAUUUUAGGUGGCCUGAGUUUGGUGCAGAGGCCAGAAAUUUACGUCUAGCACUUGCAGCAGAUGGUAUAAACCCAUUUAACAAUGGUCUGACUAAUAGGUACACGUGUUGGCCUGUGGUCUUAGUCACAUAUAAUAUGCCUCCAUGGUUAUGCAUGAAAAGAAAAUUUAUGAUGCUCACUGUAUUAGUUCCCGGGCCCCAUGAACCUGGUAACAAUAUUGAUGUAUACCUCCAACCAAUGAUUGAUGAUCUAAAGAAGUUAUGGGAGGAGGGUGAACCAAAUGUCUAUGAUGCUUUUACUAAAUCCUAUUUCACCCUAAAAGCUGUACUGUUGUGGACAGUUAAUGACUUCCCUGCAUACGGGAAUCUGUCCGGGUCUGUGAAUAAGGGUUAUAAAUGCUGUCCAAUAUGCGGUGAUGAUACUAGAGCUAAAUAUUUGAGUCACAGUAGGAAAAUGAGCUACCAAGGUCAUCGUCGUUAUUUAGGUAGACACCAUCCCUAUAGAAAGCAAAAGGCUGCAUUUGAUGGUGAACAAGAAUUUGGACAUGCACCUAUACCCCUGUCUGGAGAAGAAGUGCUAAAGCAGCAAGAAAAACUGAAUUUUAGGUUUGGGAAGGAGAAAAAGUCAAAUAAGGUUGAAUCUGUGUGGAAGAAGAAAUCAAUUUUUUUUGAAUUAGAAUAUUGGAAAUUCCACCAUGUUCGUCAUUGUCUCGAUGUUAUGCACAUCGAGAAAAAUGUGUGUGAUAGUUUGAUAGGGACACUGUUAAAUUUGAAAUUUAAGAGUAAAGAUAGUACCAAAUCUCGUCUUGACAUGGUCCACAUGGGAAUUAGAGCUGAUUUAGCUCCUGAAAUAGGAGAAAAAAAGACAUACCUCCCCCUUGCCUCUUAUACUUUGUCCAAGGCAGAAAAGAAGAUAAUGUUAUCUUCAUUGUCCAACAUGAAACUGCCCUAUGGACAUGCAUCAAAUAUAAAAAAUUGUGUAUCCUUACCUGAACUGAAGGUGUAUGGGAUGAAGUCCCAUGACUGCCAUACACUACUCCAACAAUUACUACCAGUUGCAAUACGUUCUGUACUCCCGAAGAACGUGAGGGUUAGUAUUAUCCGAUUAUGUUUCUUUUUUAAUUCCCUGUGCAACAAAGUCGUAGACGUGUCAAAAUUAAACAAGCUGCAAUCUGAUGUGAUUUUGACCUUAUGCGAGUUGGAGAAAAUAUUUCCUCCCUCAUUUUUUGAUGUAAUGAUACAUUUGGUUGUCCAUUUGGUAAGAGAACUGCGGUUAUGUGGACCAGUUUUCUACAGAUGGAUGUAUCCAUUUGAGCGGUUUAAUAAAGUUCUAAAAAGUUAUGUGCGAAACCGGUUUCAUCCCGAAGGUUGUAUAGCAGAAAGCUAUCUUGGCGAAGAAUCUGUUGAAUUUUGCUUCGAGUUUGUUAAACAUAGUUGCACAAGUACUGCGGGCCUUCCAAAAGACGAGGACAAACUUUCUGGUCCAUUGUCUACUGCAAUAAUGAAGUCAGUGGAAGAAACAGAGAGGGAUGAGGCGCAUCUUCAUGUCCUUCUUAACAACACAGAAGUGGAGCCAUAUAUUUUGAUGCAUAAAAAUUAUUUGGAAAGGAUUUACCAAGGAAAGAGAAAGAGUGUACAGUGGUUGAUGGGAGAACAUAAUCGGCUAUUUGCUGAUUGGUUCGAAAAAAAGGUGAGUUUGGAAGUAAUGGAAAAUGGUCCAGAAGCUGUUUCUGAAACGAUACGUUGGUUAGCAGGGAAACCAUCAUAUUCAGUUUUAACUUACGAAGGAUUUUUAGUUGAUGGAGUCCGAUACUACACAAAAGACCGAGAUGAUGCUAGGGUUGUUCAAAAUAGUGGUGUAUCGUUAGUUGCAAAGACCAUCCAAGUUGCCAGUGCGAAGGAUGUAAAUCCCGUGGAAGGUGAUAUGACAUUUUAUGGGAUAAUAGAAGAAAUAUGGGAGUUAGAUUACCACGCAUUCAAAGCUCCCUUAUUUUUGUGUAAAUGGGCAGCGAAUGAUAGAGGUAUAAAAAUCGAUGACCUCGGUUUUACACUUGUUGAUUUUAGUCGACAAGGACACAAAAAGGAUAAAUAUGUGUCGGUUGACCAAGUGAAACAAGUGUUCUAUAUUGAGGAUCCAGUUGAUGCUAGCUGGUCUGUUGUGCUUCAGUCAGCAACUCGUGAGUAUCGUGAUAUUUACUACGAAGAUGGUCUUGGAGACACCACCUUACAAAAUCAGCCAUUCUGUUCAGAAAUUCCGUCAUGUGAUAUUGUGGAUGAUGUUGAAGUUAGUUGUACCAAUAAAAGAGAGAAUGUUGAGGGAGUUUGGGUGAAAAUGUGA